UUUUUGGAGCACGUCACUGAGGGUGAGGAAGGGGAACGAAAAUCUCCACGAGCAAUUAUAAAAAAAAAAGAGGAAAAAAAAACAUUUUUGAGUUUGUCUUGUUAUUCAGAGAAGAGAAGGGGAUUCAGAUCGAGGGAGCAACAAGCUGCUGCCCAAUCCUUCACAUUAUCUGAUCCAUAAUACUUCACACGUAUCAAUGGGGAGGGAGCCGAGAUCUGUACAAGUUGAGCAAAAGCCGAACGGGGUUGCACAUGACAUGGUUCUUGUUGCCCCCCGAGUUGCAGAGAGAAACGUUGAGGCCAAGGACUAUGAAGUGAAGGAAUGUACUGAAGAGAACUUAAUCAUUGAGAAAUAUCAUGAGAAGCAAGAAGUGUUAAGUGUUAAAAGGACAAAUCUUGACUCGGAGGAGAAGUACGAGAAGUCUGGAGCCGAGAAGUUCGGUGAAGACAAGAAAUCAAGCCCAGUUGGAUCAAAAUCUCCCGGGAAUAUGCGAGGGCAAUACACCGUUCCUCAACCGUUUACGUUGGAAACUGAAAAGCGCGGUCCGUGCACACAUACUAUCGGAAAUGAUGCUACUACCACGGGAGGUGUCAACAUUUCACCAAAUAUGCAAUCUCCUAGUGCUAAGAAGAACUCUCAGCCAAAUUCACCUCUUUCACUAAGGAAGCACCUGCAGCUGGAUAAAAAAUACCACGAUGAAGAGGAUAAUUGGUCAAUCACUUCCUCUACUGCUACUUCUGUGAAAUCUAAGGUAACUGUUGGAGUGGCUCCGACUUUCCGAUCAGCUAGUCGUGCUGAGAGAAGGAAGGAGUUUUACCAAAAGUUGGAGGAGAAACACCAAGCUUUGCAGGCAGAGAAAAGCCAAUAUGAAGCUAGAACAAAGGAAGAGCAAGAAGCAGCCAUCAAGCAACUGAGGAAGAGUUUAGUCAUCAAAGCAAAUCCAGUGCCUACUUUCUACUAUGAGGGACCCCCACCCAAAGUUGAGCUCAAGAAGCUGCCAUUGACUCGGCCCAAGUCACCGAAUUUUACUAGGAGAAGAAGCUGUGGCGAUGCAGUUAACCCAAAUCUAGAGAAGGGAAAAGUAUGUGCUCGAGUGAAACGACAUAGCCUCGGUAGUAUCAGAGCAGAGCCAACUAGUCUGACGACAACGACUCCGAAAACUAAGGGGCAUAUCAGCGGGCGGAGUAACAGUAUGAGGGUGAAGGACCGAGUAAAUCAGGAGAAAGAGACAACAAAAACAACUGCUGCUAAGAUUCCUGAGCAGAGAAGCAAUUUGGACAUAACAGUUCAGUCAUGAAGUUGGGAUUUUUCCUCUGGGGUUAAAGAGGGAAAAAAAAAGGUCUUCAUUUUGUAUUUUGCAUUGUUUCCAAUAUGGAUAUUCUGAAAGGAGUUGUCCUUUUUUCUUCUGAGUUUAACUGGAUUUUGGUAAUAUGAUAUUUGUAAAUGUUUUGUA